GAAGAAUACAUAUGCAAAAAUGAAGUGAACCAUUUCCUGUGCUUUCCACAUUGUAUAGGUAUUUGUACAAGCAGUUUAAAAAUUUGUAUUUGUCAACUUUGCCAAAUUGGUUUUUGCGGCACAUCUGACAAGAUGAACAAGCCGGGACGGAGCUUUUUGUUGUGCUGGAACCAUUGCCCAAUUUAAUUAAAAUUAAAUCUGCAUGCUGAUUCCCUGACGAAAUGAAAGAGGUGAUAUUUUGGUCACCCAAAGAGGUGACAGAUUGGCUGAUGGAGAACGCUAUGCCGGAAUAUUGUGAGCCAUUGGGAAGUUUCACUGGGCAGGACUUGAUCAAUUUAACUAAGGAGGAUUUUAAGAAGCCACCUUUGUCACGUGUGUCUUCCGACAACGGGCAGCGGUUAUUAGACAUGAUAGAAACUUUAAAAAUGGAGCACCACAUUGAGGCACACAAAAAUGGGCAUGCCAAUGGGCACCUUAGUGUCAGCAUGGAUGUUGUCACCGGUGAAAAUGGUUUCAGCAGUAAAAUCAAACUGAACAGGAUGCCAAAUGGAUAUAGAAAAGAAAUGAUAAAGAUCCCUAUGCCAGAACCAGAGCGUUCCCAGUAUCCUAUGGAAUGGGGGAAGACUUUCCUGGCUUUUCUUUAUGCACUUUGCUGUUUCAUCUUUACCACAGUGACAAUCUCAGUCGUCCAUGAACGAGUGCCUCCCAAGGAGGUGCAACCUCCCCUACCAGAUGCAUUUUUUGACCAUUUUAACCGGGUUCAAUGGGCCUUCUCUAUUUGUGAAAUUAACGGCAUGAUCCUUGUAGGACUCUGGUUAAUUCAGUGGCUGCUCUUAAAAUACAAGUCUAUUAUUAGCAGAAGAUUCUUCUGUAUAGUUGGCACGCUGUACCUUUAUCGGUGUAUUACAAUGUAUGUAACUACACUCCCAGUACCUGGCAUGCAUUUCAACUGUUCUCCAAAGCUCUUUGGAGACUGGGAAUCCCACAUGAGAAGGAUAAUGAAACUGCUUGCUGGCGGAGGAUUGUCUAUCACAGGAUCUCACAACAUGUGUGGUGACUAUCUGUAUAGUGGUCACACAGUUAUAUUAACUCUUACAUACUUAUUUAUCAAAGAGUAUUCACCUCGGCGACUCUGGUGGUAUCACUGGAUUUGCUGGACUCUUAGCCUAGUUGGGAUGUUCUGUAUUCUCCUGGCUCAUGACCACUACACUGUGGAUGUGGUGGUGGCUUACUACAUCACUACAAGACUCUUCUGGUGGUAUCACACGAUGGCCAAUCAGCACGUGCUAAAAGAAGCUUCCCAAACUAACCUCCUUGCACGGGUGUGGUGGUAUAAGCCCUUCCAGUACUUUGAAAAGAAUGUUCAAGGAAUUGUACCUCGCUCUUACCAUUGGCCUUUUCCCUGGCCAGUGCUACAUCUGAGUAGGCAAGCUAAAUACAGCAGAUUGGUGAAUGACACAUAACAACUAUAAACAAUUUGGGGAAAGGAACUGUCCAAAGUGCUAAGAACUCCAUGAGAGAAGAUGCCAUAAAAAGUGAACUACUCCCUGAUCCUUUCUUUUAACAGUUACCUUGACUUAACCUAUUCAGUUACCUGGUAAGCACUGUGAUCUCUUUUUCUCUCCAAAGGAUCUACGUUGGACAACAAUAAAGAAAAUUUAACUUAUCAUGCACUGUAUACACUUCUUGUUAAUAGAUUUGGGAUUUACAUUACCCAUCACCACGUUCCUUUGUAUAUGAUGCGACAGCAUAAAUGAAAGCUUUUAUAUCAUAAGUUGUGGUCUUUCCAGUCAUGUCUGGGAAUAAAGCAUAUUAUUUUCUUGGGAAAACAUACUUUUCAUAUCUCUUGCCCCAAAGAUUGGGCUGUAAGCCAUUUUCUAGCAAAUGUCUAUAUGAAGGUUUCUAAAUACCUGACUGGGGUGAAAUUAAGGAAUCUUUCUACCUGUUGCACCAAUGAUUCAAAUAAAAUGAUAGACACAGAAAGGUUUGGUAACUUGAUUUUGUAAAACAGCAGUGACAGUAUCAAAAAGAAGUGCAAAAAAUGAUAUUCUGUUGUAAAGUGAUUUUCUAAGUAUUUCCUAAAUUUAUUUUUCAAAAUGAUAUGUAUGGAAACUAAAUUUAAAAAGAUUUUUACAUGUCAGAGAAAAGUGAGUUAAAGUAAAUGCUUCUUGGGAGAGAGAGAUUUGUCUAUGUUUCUAGUGCCUUUCUUGUCUUGAUUGUAUGGUCAGUAGGCAGUCAUAAAUGUUUUUAUUUAAAAUAAAGUAUUCCAUAAAAACAGAAGUAAAAAUACUGUAUACUAAAUUUUGCGUUUAUAGCUAACUUAAACUGGAAAUUUGCUUAUAAUGUUGACGUUGCAAUGAGUAUGGAAAAACCAAAAAUCUGUUCACACAUUGUGGACAGAUCCUAAUAAAAUGUACCACUUUAACUUAUUUUAUUGUCUACUUGGUAGUUGAAUUUUACCAGAAAACAGCCAUGAAUUUCCCCUUGGAAAAAAAAAAAAAGUUUUGCAGAAGAUCACUGAGUGAACUCUGAGUAGUCUCUCUAUUCCCUUAAUGAAAACGUUGAAAAACAACAAAAAUAAUCUAUUUCUUUAAAAUUAUAUUUGUGCAGAAACUGCAUGUAACUCAAGUUUCACUCCUACCAUACAUACUGUAUGUUUGGGGAAGUAUUUUAUCCUAUAUUUGCCAAUGUGCAGAACAAAAUAGUUUUUUUUAAGAAUGAAGAAGAGUGUGUAUAUAUAUAUAUAUAUAUCUAUAUCUAUAUCUAUCUAUCUAUAUCUAUAUAUAUAGAUAUAGAUAUAUCUAUAUAUCCAUUCUGUAUUUUACGUGAAGCAGAGUUAUCUUCUGUAGGGUUUUUGUGUAUUCACAAGGUGAUAUUUGUAUUGUAAAACAAUAAUGGUGAAGGAAAAUAAAAAGGCUUUUAAAAAAUGUAGUUUCCUUUAUCUUUUUAAAAUUGUUUCUCAGAUUUAACAGUAGGAUUACUCUUCAGAGACAUAUCUUUGCUUUUCUGUGUUCUACUGAAUUAUAGGCCCUCAAAGUUGGACUGUAUUGAAACUGCAUUAAUUUUUAAUUGCUGUUAACACUUAGCAAGUCAGUGCCUUAUUUUUAAAUAAAUGCUAUGCAAUAGAUAUUACUAUUUCAAUCUGAUACUAAAUCUUAUGAGCCUUCCUUAGAUUCAUUAUUUGAACAUCACUAGGGCUUGAAAAAUCUACCUGUAAACUAUUAGAACCAAGCUUAAUUGCCCGGGCAGAAAUUUUCUGGAGUCCUUACCUAAAAGCUACUCCACCUACAAUUGAAAUAAACAUCCUUGUUAAAUUUCUAUUUUAAGAAAUCGCUGUAAAAGUAAAACUGCAUACCUUUGGCAACAUUUACCUUUAUAGCUCUAUUUCCUGGCCCUUUCUCUGUCUCAGUGUUUAAGACACGCCCCCCCUCUCCCCAAGGAGCAUGCCUUGUUGCUUCACAUAGCUUUCCAAGUAUCAGCAGAAUGAAACUGACCUAAUUUAUAGCCAUUUCCUUACUACUCAAAGGUUUUUUUCACUUCAUUGUUUCUUGGUAAAGCUAUGAGCAGCAACUGUGGAGCUAUUUUGUCUACAAAUUUAGGAAAGCAGCACUGCAUUCAGUUCAUGUUUGCAAAAUUAUUUUUGCAGAAACGGAACCAAAAAGUUGACUAAAAAGUCUUGAAAAUUAAUGAUCCUUGAGCAAGAUUCCAGCUCCUAGAGGCAUGUGAAUAAGUAGAUUUUUCAAGACCUGGCAUCACAUGCAUCAAAAAACAUUGACAUAAAUGUAUGUAUGAAUAUAUGCACAUUAAAUUUAAU